AUGAAUUUCAGGUGCGCUCUCUGCCCCCUCCCACUUCCUUCGCUCCGCCUCUCCGUCCCCGUUAACCUUGUCUUUCCCUGUCCUCCCCCACUCCACCAGGUCCAGCUGGCUCAACUUGAAUACCAGCUGCCGCGCCUCACACGCAUGUGGACACAUCUGGAGCGGCAGGCAGGCGGCAUGGUGAAGGGCAUGGGGGAGAAGCAGAUUGAGGUUGAUAAGCGGAUCAUCCGAGAACGGAUGGCAGCACUGAGACGCAGCCUCACAUCAGUGAGGGAGCACAGGCAGCAGCACAGGGACCGGCGAGCUGGGCUACCCAUCCCAGUGCUGUCGCUGGUGGGAUACACCAACGCGGGCAAGAGCACUCUGCUCAACCGCCUCACAGGAGCAGGCGUGUUGGCUGAAGACAAGCUGUUCGCUACCCUCGACCCCACCACUCGCCGCACCCAGCUGCCCAACGGCAAGGAGUGUCUGUUGACGGACACAGUGGGGUUCAUUCAGAAGCUUCCCACCCAGCUGGUGGCAGCGUUCAGAGCCACGUUGGAGGAGAUCACAGAGGCGUCGGUGCUGCUGCAUGUGGUGGACGUCAGCCAUCCAAUGGCGGCGCAACAGGUGGCGGCGGUGCUGCAAGUGCUUGCUGAGCUGGAAGUCUCCCACAUCCCCAUGCUCACCGUCCUCAAUAAGGUAGACCAGGUGUCCCCUGAUUGGCUGCAGCAGCAGCAGCGCCAGCUGGAGGCCAUCUUGGACCAGAACCUGGGCGGCAGAGAGAGCAGUGCGGGCGGCAGAGACCGUGGCGGGAGAGAGGGUGGGCGGCACAGGAUGGUGGCGGUGUCAGCAGUGACGGGGGAGGGCAUGGAUGGGUUGUUUCACGAGCUGGAAAAGAUGGUCAACGUGAGUCAAUGCUGGUCAACGGGCACAUGGCUCGUGAAUGCUCCUGUGAUCCCAUGUGCGCUCCCUUGUGUGUCCGUCCCUGUCAUGCCUGCCACGUGUGUGCCUGUCACAUAUGUCCUCUCUCAGGGCCUGCUAGUGAGCAUAGAAGCUAUCAUUCCGUACCAGGAGGGGCAUCUGCUGGGGCUCGUGUACCAGCUGGGCGCUGUUGAUAGCGAGGGUGGUGAGAGGGGUGAGAGGAGGGGUGGGAGUGGUGAGGACAACAUAAGGUGCUGUGAAGAGAGGUGUGGGGGAGAUGGGAGCUGCAGUGAGAUGGAGAGGGACGAGAGCAGAAUGACCACACAGGAGCAUCUCCUCAUUGCCCGUUGCUGGCAGUGCAGCAACGCACCCUCCCUUUUUCAUCCUCUCUUCUGCCUCUCCAUCUGUUUUUCUACCUUUCCAUCCGCCUCUUUCCCCUUCCCUCACCCGCACAGGAGCAUCUACCUGAAGGCAUGUUGCUGUCGGCACAUGUGCCGCUGUGAGUGGGAGCACCUACCUGAAGGCACGUUGCUGUCGGCACCUACGGGUGGCUCAGCUGCUGCUGCUGCUGCCAUACCACCCUCACCCUCUUCCUCCACCCCCACCCAUUCCUCCUACCCUUGUUCUCCCCUCUUUCUCCCGCACAGGAGCACCUACCUGAAGGCACGUUGCUGUCAGCACAUGUGCCGCUGCGGGUGGCGCAACUGCUGUUCUGCCUCUUCAUCUGUCCCCUUUCCCCCCUCUUUUCUCAUCCCUUUCCCGUCCUUCGCCCGCACAGGAGCACCUUCCUGA